CCACAACGAGCCGUGUGUGCACUGUCGGCUCACGCUGCCCCAAAGGCGUGCCCUUGUGAUGUAGGCCUACGCGACCUCGUUGGUUCAUUCCGCCAACGCCUGCCAUAAGGAGAGUGGUAUUACGUAAUGCGGGCGUUCUGUCCGUGCUUCGUCCGAGUCUGCUUCGCUGUUUUGCCCUGCAUCUCGCUCUCAGGAUCUCCUCGUACUAUGUCCAGAGGCGCGGCACAGGCAAGAGCACAGAUCGUGCGCAUCCUAGUUGGUGCUGGCAAGGCCGCACCGACGCCUCCCGUAGGUCCCGCAUUGGGAGCCAAGGAGUUCAAUGCUCGCACUGCGCAUAUUGAGCCAGGCACCCCCCUACCUACCCUCAUCACAGUCCACCCUGACCGGUCGUUCACUUUCAUCACGAAGACACCGCCGACCACCUACUUCCUCAAAAAAGCUGCCGGUAUCGAGAAGGGAACCGGCCGUCCCGGACAUGAGACUGUGGGGACAGUGAGCCUAAAGCACGUGUAUGAAAUCGCCAAAAUCAAGGCUACGGACGAGCACCUCAAACAUCUGCGUCUCGAGGCGAUCGCGAGUACCAUUGUCGGAACGGCUAGAACGCUGGGCGUGCAGGUUGUCCCGUAGUCCGGAUAGGAUCUAUAUUGAUACCGACAAUACCCAGGCAGCACCGUGCUCCGUACGUCAAUCGCGCAGAGCAGGUACCCGAUGAUGCAGGAGAAGUCCGGUCUCUACAUAUACGGACAAUGGGUAGCGGGCGGUCAUCCACGUCUCUGUUUACACGAGCUGCAGAUGCGCGCAUGACGCUGAAUCUGAGCUGCCCGGCCUUCUGUGCCGGGGGGGAGCAGCGCUUGUGAAUUAUGUCCCUUGUGGUUAAUGAUACAAGGUUCACAAGUCAACGAACUAGGUUAAGCUCGGGGAUGGGUCAUGCUGCUCAAGUCCUGGAUCCGCACAUCACGACUCAAGUUGCCUUUUCGCAGCGUGUAACCACGCCUGCAACACCCACUUGCCUCUUCCGUCGAC